AUGAAUGAUAAAAAAAAAGAAAAACCCCCGAAUUUCGGAGAAGAUUUAGGGGCUUCUAAUAGAUUAAAUGAAAAUGAUACGAAUGAGAUGAAUAAAGAAUUUGAUUUGGAUCCAUUAGAUGAAUCAGACACAGAAUAUGAAUUAGCUUUGAAUGAAACUUUUUUUGGAAUAUUUAACUACCAUAUUUUAAUAUAUUGUGGAAUAAUUUAUGCCCAUUCAGCGAUAGGACUAACAUCUUUAUCCUUUGUUAUGCCAGCUGCUGUUAAUGAAUUUAAUUUAUCUUCAACAAAAAAAGGUUUAUUAGUUGCAAUACCAAUGAUUGGUAUGCUAUUCGGAUCAUACUUUUGGGGUUGCUUAGCAUCUACAAAAGGAAGAAAAAUAACAUUAUUUGUCAGUUUACUAAUGAAUGGAAUUUUUGAUAUAUUAUCCAUUUUUAUGCCAAAUUACAUAAGUUUUACUAUUACAAGAUUUUUUGUGGGGUUCGCAAUAUCGGGACCAAUGAACAUUUGUUUUCCAUUUUUAGGUGAAUUUCAACCAAUUGCAUAUAGAGAAAACAUUUUAUGUUGUUUAGAAUUUUUUUGGGUUUUAGGAAUUGUGAUACUACCAGGUUGUUCAAAUCAAAUUGCAUAA